GCCCUGCCCACCCGCGCCGCCCCCGCUUGCCGGCGACACUCCCUUCCGCCGCUAUAAGGGCCGCGCUCGGCGUUCUCCCCAGACCUCGCAGGCAGCCGAGCAGCGGCCUCACCAUGGAGCAGCUGAGCGCAGCAAACACCCGCUUCGCCUUGGACCUGUUCCGCACCCUGAACAAGAGCGAUCCUGCCGGCAACAUCUUCAUCUCCCCCUUCAGCAUUUCAUCAGCGCUGGCCAUGACCUUUCUGGGGACCAGAGGCAAUACCGCAGCGCAGGUGUCCAAGGCUCUCUAUUUCAAAGGGGUUGAGGAGAUUCAUUCAAGAUUUCAGAGUUUGAAUGCUGAUAUCAACAAACAUGGAGCUCCCUAUAUUCUGAAACUUGCUAAUAGGUUAUUUGGAGAGAAAAGCUAUGAUUUCCUCCCUGAGUUCUUAGCUUCAACUCAGAAAAUGUACGGUGCUGAACUGGCCAGUGUGGAUUUUCUGCAGGCCACCGAAGACGCAAGGAAGGCCAUAAACGAGUGGGUCAAAGGGCAGACGGAAGGGAAGAUUCCAGAGCUGUUGGCCUCAGGUACGGUUGAUAGCAUGACUAAGCUCGUGCUGGUGAAUGCCAUCUACUUCAAAGGAAACUGGCAGGAGAAAUUCAUGACGGAGGCCACAAAAGAUGCGCCUUUCAGACUGAAUAAGAAAGACACAAAAACAGUGAAAAUGAUGUAUCAGAAGAAGAAAUUUCCGUUUGGCUACAUCAAGGACCUUAAGUGCCGGGUGCUGGAACUGCCCUACCAGGGUAAGGGCCUCAGCAUGGUCAUCCUGCUGCCGGAUGACAUCCAGGACGAGUCCACGGGUCUGAAGAAGAUUGAGCAACAGCUGACUCUGGAAAAGCUGCGAGAGUGGACCAGCCCCGAGAAUCUGGAUCUCCUUGAGGUCAACGUCCAGUUGCCCAGGUUUAGGCUGGAGGAGAGCUACGAGCUCAGCACUCCGCUGGCCUGCCUGGGUGUGCAGGAGCUCUUCAGUAGCAAGGCUGACCUGUCCGGCAUGUCGGGAGCCAGAGGCCUCUUCAUAUCGAAGGUGGUCCACCAGUCCUUCGUGGAAGUGAACGAGGAGGGCACAGAGGCGGCGGCUGCCACCGCGAGCGUGGCCACCUUCGCCAUGCUGGCGCCGGAGGAGGAUUUCACCGCCGACCAUCCGUUCAUUUUCUUCAUUCGGCACAAUCCCUCCGCUAACAUCCUGUUCCUCGGCAGACUUUCUUCCCCAUAGAGACUAGAAAUACAAGGUCAAGCUUGGAGCGUUUUACCUGCCCUUUCAAUGGUGACCAUUUUCAUAGAUCUUUACCAGUAAAACUACUAUCCAAAAAUGAAUCUUUAAUCUCCUUUGUAAGCUCAGUUCUGUUGGCUGGUUACACCCAUUAACUUGGCAUGGGUAUCUGUUCUUCUUUUUUUAUGCUAAAAAAAUCCAGUGAUUUCUUUUGAAUGCAUCAAGUUAAAAAAAGAAAGAAAAAAUCAGAUGAUUCUUGACAACGUAGAAAUCUAUGAAGUUGCUAUACUUUCCUGAGAGCCGGGGGGAACACGGUCACUCUGUCAUCUGUUUUACAGAUAGACUUUUGGAAGCCAUAAUAUAGAGACACCCUGAUUGUUGAAGGGAGGCUUAAAAACAGAUAUUCAAUUGAAAUACUGCAGAGCGCCCCAAUUAAGGGUCUGCGUUAUGAAGACAGACUUGCCUUGGCAAUGUCUCUGACCCUGUGUUCUGCAGGAUUUGUAUCCCAUUACAGCCCUCCAGGUUUCAAACUAUCGAAGAGCCACCUGGUGAUAACCUAACCCCUCCCAUUUUUUGUUCUCCCUUUUCCCUCUUGAUAUGAGUUGGUGUGGGAUCACAAGGAAUCAAGCAGUAGGUGUCUUACCAUGAAAGAUGCCAAGAAAUGACAAAAAGAAAAAUGUCGUAGGAGAUACUAUUAAGCAAAGAGGUGGCGCAGAGAUCUCACUGUUAACCGGCUUCUGCCGUGUUUUCUGAUAAAGGCUCUUGACGUCCAUAACAUGGUACAGGUUUUUAUGGUAAUGGGACGGCUUUAUGCAACGCUGUGGUGGGAGAUGGGGUGAGGAUGUUCUCUGAUUAAUAUAACCCUUUGUCAAUGCACUCCUUGGAAGGGGCGUGAAAUGCUGCAUCUCUGUGCUCCCACAAAGCUGGUGGCUGGUUAAUAAAGUUUCCUAAGAUUCUGCAAA